AGCUAAUUUGUGGCUCAAAUCCAGCAGAAGACUUAUUCUUCGCUGGUUUGUUGCGUUCUUGCAGCAUUGAGUCACGGGAAGCAAGGACAAGAUGUUCUCUCCUAAUGCUGAGGUGGAUUGGCGCGGACGGGAGGCCGUGAUGCCUGAAGAUGGCGUCACAGCUGUGAUGCUCUCACGGCUUCCCCCGCGCGUCACACCGGGGAAACUUUUGAAUGCGCUUGACACUAUAGCUCCACACAAAUAUGAUUUCGUUUAUCUUCCGCAGGAUAAGCGUAAGCAUCGGAAUGUGGGGUUGGCCUUUCUGAACUUCACGGACUGCGUGAGUGCGCUGGCUGCCAUUGAGUUCUUCUGUGCACAGAGUUUGGAAGAAGGUCUCUGGGGCAACGUGGUGGUCGGAAGGGCCAACAUCCAGGGCCUUGGUGCCAACCUGGCGUACUUCUUGGCACGCUGUGGCCUGGAAGCACUCGACAACACCAAUGCUCCCCUGGUCUUUGAGAAUGGAAUGCCCUUGCACAUUCGUGAAGCUGUGGCCAAGUAUGUGACGGUUGCCAUGGUGCUCGAAGCACAAGCCAAAAUCAAGGUUGAGAAGGCUUCAACAAAGACAGAAGCUCCCAAAGCAAAGGCCAUGAGUGCGCACCAUCGGCGACCACUGCAGAAGAGGGAUCAAGGCUAUGGAACCAAAGUGUAUGGGGCGCAGAUGGACAGCCUCGUUUCAGGCAUGUCACCUCUGCUUCACGAAGCAUGUUCUUCGACCUCAACAGGACUGUCGCCAUUGCUUCGCGGGCGCUCGUCCAGCUCAGGUUCCUCGCAAAGAUCGGUGCCUUCACCGGAUGGAGGCAUGUACUUGCAGCCGUACAUGGUGCACCAGACCGCUACUGCUCCAACAGAAGGAUAUUGUCCAACCGCACCUCCUCAAUGGCAAUUUCAAGGCCGAGGUGCGCCCACGAUGGGGAACCUCCGAGGAGUCCAGCUGACGGACCAGGAAUCUCCACCUGCCACGGGCCUGCGACAGGGCCCCUCGGUCUCAGGAUCGGCCAAGGAGGAGGCCGAGCUGUUGAGUCUGGUGCAAAAUGUGAACAAUCGAGGCACUUUGAUCUUCUGUGUGUGAUGAACUUCGAGUUUUGAUAGGGCAGUAGUCCAUCCAACCUCUGAAGCCUGGACUAGACGACGCUGACUUGCCACAUGUGAAGCUGAUUGAAAAGGGCCUGGGGAAACCCGGCAUGAACCGUUGGCGGGGUUUUAUCGGGCAGAAGAAGCUCGUGCUGGGCCUGCGUUUCGAUGUCUCCAGUUUAAG